GCGACGAUUCCUCCACACACAGCAUGUGAAUGUCGCCGCCGUGCCCACGCUAGCGGACGGAACCGGUGCGGUGCGAUGCUGGAUGUGACUCCCCGCCACCGACACGAGUGACCGCGAUGGCCGGCGUCAGACUGUUCGGUCGAUGGGCCGGACUCCUGGGGACACGGAGUUCCCUGACCGCCUCGGGACCGCUGUGCCUCGCCGGUCGUCCGCCCCGCGCCCCCUCCGCCGCCCUCCUGGAGCCGCCGUGGGCGCAGGCCUUGCACGUACGCCUCCAGCAGAGGGCGCUGUGCGAGGGGCGGCGCCUGCUGAGGCGGGAGGACGAGAACCCGGCAGUACCGAAGCGCACGGAGCUCGACGACCUGGUGGAGAAGGCCGGCGGUCCUGAGGAGGUGCUGCGGCUGUGGGCCGAACGGGGUGCCACCGCCAACCAGACCGCCAUCUACAUUUUCCACUUGGCGCGCCUCGCCUCGGAGAAAGGGGCCCCGGGCCACGCGGACCUGCUCCGGGACCGCCGGCUCCAGGACAUGUUCGACCGGGUCUCAUCUCAGGUGUGCACCGUUUGGAACGGAUCCCUGGUCAGCGUCCUGCGGGCCGCCGCUUUGCUGGGGGUGACGCCGGGCUCCGCGGCGCUGGACUCCCUCCAGACGGAGGCGCUGUGGCGCAUCCGGCGCUUCAGCUACCGGCAGCUGGCCUACCUGGCGGACUGGGCGUGCGGGCGGGACGGCGGCACGAGACCCAGGGAGCUGCUGGCGGCGACGCUCAAGCAGCUGGAGCUGCGCUGGACGGAGCUGGCGGACGUGCGCACCGUGGGGCUGCUGCUGUCCAGGGCGGCUCACCUGCCUCCGUCGCUGGUGGACAAGCUGGAGGACAAGGCCCUGGAGCUGGUGGAGACGUUCCACGCCGAGGACAUCCGCAGGGUGGCCGUGUCUCUGGCGGCCCAGGGCCGGCGCUCCGUACCCCUCCUGAGGGCGCUCUCCUACCACGCCCAGCAGAAGCCGUCGCAGGAACUGAAGGCCCCCCUGCUGCUGGACCUCGUCUUCGCGUACGCGAAGAUGAAGUUCCACCAGACUCAGCUGUUCCAGCGCAUCGCGACCGAGCUCCUGCCCCAGCUGGCCCAGCUCUCCUCCGGCGACGUGACCCGCUGCGCCAGGUCCUUCGCUUACCUCAAGUGGCUCCAUCAGCCGCUGUUCGAGGGCUUCGCCGAGCACUACCUACAGCAGUCGGAGAAGUACAGCGCCGUGCAGCUGGGGAACCUGCUUCUCUCAUUCGCUCGCCUCGACUUCCAGCCCAGCAAGAGGGAGCACUUCUAUAGCAAGGUCCACGACGCCCUGCGGGGGUCGCUCUCCCAGUUGGAGCCAUACCUCUUGACGGAUGUCGUCUGGUCCCUGUGCGUGCUGCAGCAGGCCAAACCCGAGUACCUGAAAGUCGUCCUUGACCCCGCCUUCCAGCAAAGACUGACGGAUGGCGGGAACCGUAAAGUGAGUUACGCGCUCAAACUGCUGCAGGUGGCGGCCACGGCCCAUCUGGAGAAUCUGUGUCCCCAGGGGGCUGCGGCAGACCCCUUGCUGCUGUCCUCAGCACCCGCCCUGGAGAUCCCCCCAACCCCAAUGCAGAGAAGCUUGCACGCGGCGCUGCACGACCUGGUGGGGGGCCUCGAGGGGGGGUGUCGCACUGCGGUCACCACAGUGUACGGCUGGACCGUAGACGGGGAGUUGGUCAUCGACUCGGACAGCAAGCCCAUCCGUCUGCUGGGGCUAAAGGCUCCUCACCUCCCGGGGGGCGGCGGUCCGGAGCCACCGCCCCAGGGGGCGCGCAGGAUCGCCUUCCUGGCCGGAGACUUCCUGCACUACGGCUCCCGGUCCAAGGAGCCGCUGGGACGCUUCGCCAUGCAACGGCGCCACCUGCAGCUGGCCGGCUUCCUCACGGUAGAGGUGCCUUAUUACGAGUGGGCGGAGCUGAAGAGCGACUGGCAGAGAGUGGCCUACCUGAAGGCCAAGAUGGGCAAGGCUGUGGCCGAAGACAUGGCCAAAUGACCCCCAGCGGUGGGCAGUCGGGAGCGCCCCAACACAGCGACGGGUCCCCGUCCUCCAGCACGCGCACGAGCUGCGUUUUCACAGACUCGUUAAGGCCUCCCAAAUUCUGAGGUUGCCCAUUUUGGAUCUAGUUGCCUAGACAACGACUGGGGCUUCCCCUGUUGCCAUGGCGAUGGCUACGGAAGCAUUCCGCCGCAAGAUGCUGAGAGACGGAUGAUAGAAAAGGAAUGGUUGUUCUCAUCUGGGGUUCAGUCUUCAGUCUGUACCCUGGAGAGACAUGAAAAGUGAUACAAUAUUUAACUUAAGUAAUGUUCAUUGGUAUUUACCUUAAUCACUUCAUUUGUAAUUGUGCAGCCCUUUAUUCGCACCCGGAUCGCUGCUCUCAGCGCGGCCUGUUCUGUGCUAACUUGCAGGAGUGAGGCGGCGAAUCCGUUACGGGGGGGGUGCAGUGUGACGUGUCGCUCGUAGUGCUGCCCUCCUCUUGGUUUGUAUAUGGGGAGUACAGUCGGUGUAUGAAAUAUUAAAAGUGUUUUUAAAAUUGUUGUGGUUCUUCCAUCCUCACUUUGUCACUGUUGUCACUGCUCUUGGACCGUAAACCAGCGCUGCAGUUAGAGGUUUGGGUCCCA